AUGAAUUGUUUCCCAGAAGCUCAUGAUGAUGAAGAAACUGAAAAUGCAUCAAAAAUUACAGUUGCAUUGCCCCACCAUGUGAAAACCAUCACAAGUACAUCAAACUCAUUUGUGAAACACUGUCUCAAACUUCGGCAGAGCUCCUCUUAUAGACACUCUCAUGGCUCGGUUCUUGUUGUUGGGACUGUUCCCAUAAGGGAAAUAUACAACUUUCAAGAAACAUUGCAAGAUAGGCCUACAAUAGAGUGCUUACUUGUACUCGAUAAAUAUGAUGUCCCACAAGAUAUAGCUGAUUGUGCUAUUCAUGUGGUUCAUGUCAGCUCAGCUAUAAUGAGAAAGCUUUCUGGGCUUCAGUCCAUUGAUUCUGUUGAAGUCAUUGCAUUGAUGAGAAUACCUUCAACAUUUCAUGGUGUCGGCAACAGCCUGAAUGAUGAAGAUUGUUGUAGAUUGUUUCCCUUCCCACAUCGAAUUCUAGUUCUUGACGGAAUCCAGGACCCUGGUAACCUCGGCACGCUACUAAGAUCAGCAACUGCCUUUAGAUGGGGUGGUGUCUUUCUACUUCCCGGUUGUUGUGAUCCAUUCAACGAGAAAGCACUCAGAGCUUCUCGAGGAGCCUCCUUUCAGAUUCCAAUAGUUUCUGGUAAUUGGACUCAUGUAGAAUCUCUCAGAAAAGAAUUUCAAAUGAAAAUAUUGGCUGGCCAUCCUGCAGAUAACAAAAAUUCCAAUAAAGUGCAGAGGCUUUCUCAAGAUUUUGCAGAUUCUGUGGCAGAUUUGCCCUUGUGCUUGGUUUUGGGCAGUGAAGGAGCUGGUCUUUCAAAAGAAAGUAGGCAAUCUUGUGAGCUUAUAAGCAUUCCAAUGGCAGGAGAGUUCGAAUCUCUCAAUGUUUCAGUAGCAGGAGCUAAAGGCAAGUACUAUGCAACGGGUGGGUUGUUGUUAGUACACACAUUCUAG